AAGAACGAGAGGGCUCCGCCCCCGGCCGACGCGCGCCGCCGAGCCCAGGCCCCACCUCCCACUUCUAACCCCGGACCCUCUGCAGGGCAAAGACCAGAACCAUCCACAGGACCCGUACAGCCACAGGCCCUGCAGACUCCAGUACCACACGGGAGCUAGAGAGUGACAUGGCGACGGCGGCCCAGCCCGAGAACCUCUCCCUUGUUGUGCACGGACCUGGGGACAUUCGCUUGAAGAGAUGCAAGAAUGCUGCCUGGAUUAGGACCUGCCCAGAACUGCUCUUCUGGGUAGAGCACAGGGUAGAAAGAGAAGAUAGACAACACUAAAAACGAGUGAAACUUCAAUUUACUCUCCUUUGUGUGGGACUGAUAAAAACCUCCCCUGCAAGGAGAACUAUCCCAUUCCUGAACCAGGCCCGAAUGAAGUGCUGUUGAAGAUGCAUUCUGUUGGAAUCUGUGGCUCAGAUGUCCACUACUGGCAGCAUGGUCGAAUUGGGGAUUUUAUUGUGAAAAAGCCAAUGGUGCUGGGGCAUGAAGCUUCAGGAACAGUCGUAAAAGUGGGAUCAAUGGUAAAGCACCUAAAACCAGGUGAUCGUGUUACUAUUGAGCCUGGUGCUCCCCGAGAAAAUGAUGAGUUCUGCAAGAUUGGCAGAUACAAUCUGUCACCAUCCAUCUUCUUCUGUGCCACACCCCCUGAUGAUGGGAACCUCUGCCGAUUCUACAAGCACAAUGCUGACUUCUGCUACAAGCUUCCCGACAAUGUCACCUUUGAGGAAGGGGCCUUGAUUGAGCCACUCUCUGUGGGAAUUUAUGCCUGCCAGCGAGGUGGAAUCUCCCUGGGGAAGAAAGUCCUUGUGUGUGGAGCUGGGCCAAUUGGGCUCGUCACUUUGCUUGUGGCCAAGGCAAUGGGAGCAGCUAAAGUUGUAGUGACUGAUCUGUCUGCCUCUCGGCUGUCCAAAGCCAAGGAAGUUGGGGCUGAUUUCACUCUUCAGGUCUCCAAGGAGAGCCCUCAGGAAAUCGCCAGUAAAAUAGAAAAUCUACUGGGGUGCAAGCCAGCUGUCACCAUUGAGUGCACAGGGGCAGAGUCCUGCAUCCAGACGGGCAUCUACGCCACUCGUUCUGGUGGGACUCUGGUACUUGUGGGAAUGGGCUCUGAGAUGACCACUGUACCCUUAGUGCAUGCAGCCGUCCGAGAGGUGGAUAUCAAGGGCGUAUUUCGAUAUUGCAACACAAACAUCAAAUUGAAGCAUCUCUUGUCACUCAUCAAAUGGGAUGGGAUUGGGCUGCCAGCAUGGAAUGUAUCAAGGGUUGAUGAUUCUGAAGAACUUCUUGGGAAGACUAUUAAUAGGUGGAUGACCCCCAAGACUUUUCCACCUCAGAUCCUGGAGUCUGCAAAGGUGCUUGAAACUGAAUGAGAAGUCCCCAGGGCAUCAGAAAAGAUCUAAGACUGGCCAUCACCCAGCAUCCUCAGCUCUUCCAUAAAUGUGCCAGGGCAUGAAAGAUGGCAUCAGACCUGGAAGCCAGGCCAUGUAGAGGAGAUGGACCAAAUAACAACCAGAAUCUACUCUUACCUGCCUGCCCUCUUACUUGUUUUGGGCAGAAGAACAGGAAGAUUUUCAUUUUUCACUGUUUGGAUUCCCCCAUUAUUUAAAAAAAAAAUUUUUUUUGCCAUGAUUAAUAAGGAUAUCAGUGUUCCCUGUGGCUUUCAGGCUCAAGUGCAGAAAAGUAGAAUUCCCAUCCCCCCCCCCCCCGAGAAAGCCCUUGGGACCACCCAGAGGAAUCCCUGGGCCCAGGAGGGCUGUAUGGCUGGCCCCCACAAGACAGGGACUGUUAAAAGCCGUGGCCAAGUCUUACACUGCAUUAUGGAGAAAUCCCUCACAGACUGCCAUGGUGCCUAGUCCACAUGGAAGGUGUUCUGGAAUUUCUGUAGCCUCAUAAACAGCCAGCCCUCAUCCUUAGCUCCUAGCCAUUCUCCUCCUGCCCAUCAAUCUGACCUGACCCAGAACAUCAAGGUGUCUGUCCUUCAGAAACAGUUUCAGUAUCUGGAGACUUAUUUAUAGAGAGGAAGCCAAACUCUGAGGGCUAGGAGUGGCAGGUGCAGAGACCACAGCAAGAGGAGAGCUUACCUGGCUAGCAACCCCUCCCCUGAAGACCCAUCAGUGACAGCCUAGGGUCCAAACAAGAUGGGGAUCCCACUGAAGGACAAGAAGUAGGACCAGCUGCUCCCUAUAGUCUCUGGUUUUAGGGGGAGUUGUACAGACCCUGUAGUGUUGUAAGAACAACACUGGAUCAGAGGCAGAGUCCUGAUUUCUGGGUCCAACCCUUCCAAAUUCAGAAGAGACACUUAAUUUAUGUUUUUGUUGUUGUUAUUGGUGGUGCUGGGGAUUAAACCCAGGGCCUCCCACAUGCUAGGCAAGUGCUUUAUCACUGAUCUGUAGCCCAGCCCUUUUUAUUUUGAGACAGGGUUUCAUUAAAUUGCUGAGGCUGGUCUUGAAUUUGCAAGGACUGGAGAUGUGCACCACCAAGCCCAGCCUAUGUAUGUUCUUGACCAUCUGCAAUGCAAGUCAUUGGAACUUCUCCUGCUAUUGUUGUCAUCUAUCAAUAAAAUACUAAACUGCUAAGAGAAAGAA